AAAAUCGAUAGUCAUUUAAAAAUAAUUUUCGCGGUAAAAAUAAUAAAUAUAACCUAUAUAUCAAAGAGGAACCACUUGUAGAUCGAUAAAAGUUCUAGUAAUUAAUUUAAUAAACAAUAAAAAUGUCAGAAAGUAAUCAAGAAGAAUUAAUGGAGUCAGAUGAUGACGAAUCCACACCUAAAACAGUAUCAGAAGUACUGGAGGAAAUUACCCAGGCAUGGCAGAAUGAAAAGUCAGCUCCAGAAAUUUUAAAACACAUGUCCGAUCACGUAGACUGUCUUCUCCAUCACAUAACUUGCAUGGAAAAAAAUAUUGAACCUCUUCCCAAAGACGACUUGCGUGUCACGGUUCAUAAAAUGGAGAUAGAUCGCAUCAGAUAUUUAAUAUCCAGUUAUCUAAGAACGCGGUUGGAAAAAAUAGAAUUAUAUGCUAUCGAUAUUAUCAAAGAAGAAGCAAAACGCAGUGAAAACGAUCGCUAUUUAUCAGACGCAGAAUUAAAAUUUGCAAGAGACUGGGCCAUGAACAUGGAGACACUUUUAAAGAGCAUCGUUCUGCAGCAUUUACCGGGAACAUUUCAGGAACUGGAGAUUGAUAAAUUGACUGUCAAGCCGAAUUUGAAUUCCCACGUGUUUAUUCGCGCAAAUAAAACUGUCGAGGGUGUGAUAAUACCAGGAACUGAUGAAGAAUUAAAUAUUACAGAAGGAUCUCAGCAUCUUGUCCAGUAUAAGGCUAUCGCGCAUUUAGUUAAAGAUGGUUCUGUUAAAUUACUUUAGUAAAAACAAGUGCAUAAAGUAUAAAUUACUAUUUUUAUAUUAAACUAUUGUGUAUUUAAUGGUAUUAUUUAAUAAUAAAAAAUUUACAUUUAUA